AGUCAUUGUGACGCAAGUGCCACAGCUUUCUGGGAAUUGUAGUUUAUUCGUCCUCCAGUUGCGGAAAGCUCUAGAGCUGUGGACUACCACUCCCGUGAGGUAGUGCGGAAUUCCACCCUGUUCGCGGCGUCUUCGAACGCGCCGCGGCAGCCAUGUUGGACGUGGCCAGCACAGGGGCCGGCACCAGGGGGUUAUCCAAGCAGCUGUCACGAUGCUGGGGGCCCUGGUGUUAAGGAGAACAGCGCUGGCGCCGCGGCUCCUCCUCCAUCUGCUUAGGUCUCCAUCACUCGGGAGCCACCGAGGUCCCUCCGGCCGGAGUGUGACCACCGGGGGCUGUGGGGAGCCGCAGUGGCUAAGGGCGGCCAUCGGGGGGCGUCCUGGAACAUCGCUGGCCUCGCUCACCCGAAGAGGGGCAGCCACCGGGGGGCGCCACGGAAGACGCACGGAGACCCAGUGCCUCGCAGCCGCCACAUGGGGACGCCUUCCUGGCCCCGAAGACACAUUCCCCGGACAGAACUGCUGGAAUGGGGUCCCCACCAGAGGCAGACUGGGCAUGUGGGCCCUGGCCACGGCGCUGGUGGUUCACUGUUACAGCAAGAGCCCGUCCAACAAGGAUGCAGCCCUGAUGGAAGCUGCUCGAGCCAAUAAUGUUCAAGAAGUCAGCAGGCUGUUGUCGGAAGGUGCAGAUGUCAACACAAGGCACAAACUUGGCUGGACAGCACUUAUGGUGGCAGCCAUCAGCCGAAACGACAGUGUGGUGCAGGUCCUGCUUGCUGCUGGUGCUGACCCAAACCUUGGAGACAAUUUCAGCAGUGUUUACAAGACUGCCAAGGAGCAGGGAAUCCAUUCUUUGGAAGUUCUGGUCACCCGAGAAGAUGACUUCAACAACCGGCUGAACAACCGCGCCAGCUUCAAGGGCUGCACAGCCCUGCACUAUGCUGCCCUUGCGGACGACUACCGCACCGUCAAGGAGCUGCUUAAUGGAGGAGCCAACCCCCUACAGAGGAAUGAAAUGGGACACACACCCUUGGACUAUGCCCGAGAAGGAGAAGUGAUGAAGCUUCUAAGGACUUCUGAGGCCAAGUACCAGGAGAAGCAGCGGAAGCGUGAAGCUGAGGAGCGGCGCCGAUUUCCACUGGAGCAGCGGCUGAAGGAGCACAUCAUUGGCCAGGAGAGUGCCAUUGCCACAGUGGGUGCAGCGAUCCGGAGGAAGGAGAAUGGCUGGUAUGACGAAGAACACCCUCUGGUCUUCCUCUUCUUGGGAUCAUCUGGAAUAGGAAAAACAGAGCUGGCCAAGCAGACAGCCAAAUACAUGCACAAAGAUGCCAAAAAGGGCUUCAUCAGGCUGGACAUGUCUGAGUUCCAGGAGCGGCAUGAGGUGGCCAAGUUUAUUGGGUCUCCACCAGGCUACAUCGGCCACGAGGAGGGUGGCCAGCUGACCAAGAAGCUGAAACAAUGCCCCAAUGCCGUGGUGCUCUUUGACGAGGUGGACAAGGCCCAUCCAGAUGUGCUUACCAUCAUGCUGCAGCUGUUUGAUGAGGGCCGGCUGACAGAUGGAAAAGGGAAAACCAUCGACUGCAAGGACGCCAUCUUCAUUAUGACCUCCAACGUGGCCAGUGACGAGAUCGCACAGCACGCACUGCAGCUGAGGCAGGAAGCUUUGGAGAUGAGCCAUAACCGUAUCGCCGAGAACCUUGGAGAUGUCCAAAUUAGUGACAAGAUCACCAUAUCAAAGAAUUUCAAAGAGAAUGUGAUUCGGCCCAUCCUGAAAGCUCACUUCCGGAGGGAUGAGUUUUUGGGACGAAUCAACGAAAUCGUCUACUUCCUCCCCUUCUGCCACUCGGAGCUCAUCCAGCUAGUCAACAAGGAACUGAACUUCUGGGCCAAGAGAGCCAAGCAAAGGCACAAUAUCACACUGCUCUGGGACCGAGAGGUGGCAGACGUGUUGGUUGAUGGCUACAAUGUGCACUAUGGCGCCCGCUCCAUCAAGCAUGAGGUAGAACGCCGUGUGGUGAACCAGUUGGCAGCCGCCUAUGAACAGGACCUGCUGCCAGGGGGCUGUACUCUGCGCAUCACUGUGGAGGACUCAGACAAGCAGCUACUCAAGAGCCCUGAUCUGCCCUCACCCCAGACUGAGAAGCGCUCACCCACGCUGCGGUUGGAGAUCAUCGAUAAGGACAGCAAGACCCACAAACUGGACAUCCGGGCACCACUGCACCCUGAGAAGGUGUGCCACACCCUCUAGCAUCUACCUACCUGCCUAGUGCCCUCAAUGUCCAAUAAAGGCCCCUCAGCUGUGGCAUGGCAACUGA